AUGAGCCAACAGAGCCAACAGAGCCAGGUCGGGUUUCCUGCCGCCGACAACUUUGAGAUGGAGGACACAAUCACGGAAGACGCGCCCGCGACGCAAACCACCACAUCAUCCCGAGCCGCCGCAUCAUCAGGUGGCCGAGGCAGAGGACGCGGUCGUUGGCCGCGCGGUGGGAAGGGCAACCGAGUCACCAAAGCGGCGCCGCCUAAGGCAGCCACGGGACGAGGCCGGCGCCAAAAGGUCUAUGACGAACCCAAGGUCCAAGCCGCGUACGAGCGGACUCAGGAGCUCAAGCAAGCUUUUCUUACCCUUAGCAAGGCAGUCAAGCCGGUGCUCCUAGAGCUCGCCGACCGGUCGGUCAACGAGAUGAUCCAGAACCCCAACUUCCACAAGGACCUCCCGGAGCACCAAAUCAUUUCCAACUUCCUGCGCAAGCGCCACCAGGAGACGCACCGACUCAACAACCUCCAGCUCGAGCAGAACCUGGCUAUGAUCGACAAAGUCUACGAGUCGCAAGUCCAAAAGGUGUGGGACGAGUACAAUACCAAGGCGGCCGAAAUGUGCAGUGAUGCAUACGGUGUUCUCCUUCGUAAACUAGACAUUCUUGACUACCUCCACGACAACAACCUGCCUGCUGAUGAUAUUUCCGCAGAGGAUGCUGCACAGCAAGGCCCCUAUGUCGAGAUGGAGGAUGGCGUGGAGGUCCCCCACUCGCGCAAGACAGUCUCACAGUUGAUGACCAAGGUCCAGCCCCUCCCCCUGGACCCAAAGCGCAAAGCGGACGGCCAGCCGGAGGGACAGCCCGCAGCAAAAGCGGCGGCCAUUGCUGGAGCGGACGGAAGUGCGCCACAGAUGCCAAAGCAUCCUGCCGGCCUCCUUGGUGCUGCCGACGCCAUUGAGAGCGCGGUGACGACCCCGGAUUCGGGGUCCAAUGCGCCAACCCCGGCUGCCGAACCCAUCGACGCCGCCGAUGCUGCCGAAGAACCGACGCUCGGCCGGCUCAACAAGCUUGCCGCCAGCACACCCAGCGACGGCCCCGAUCUCCCAUCUCCCCGUUGGGCGACGGAUGCAGACGAGUACGGCGUCCGACUCAUUGACAGGCGGACGACCCGUCCGGACGGUGCCAACAACCGCAUCAUGGCGCCCAAUCUUUUCCCAUGGGACGAACUGGACAUUGGUUUCCGAGACUCGACCAACUGCGCCAGGAAGGGUGCGACGAAACAGCGCCGGGGCAAGUACAUCAACCAGCCCGGGUCCAACUAUUUGUUCCUGGACCGCCGCGUCGGCACGUGGGAUGCCACGCGCGCCGAGGGCGAGCUGGACGAAGAGCUGGUGAAGAAACACAAUCUUCACCCCAGGUUUGGGAUUGCGCUUCCUGGUUCGGCCAAUGAGUCGGAGCCGCCGCGGCCUAUGGCAGAGGGCUUCAAGCCGGUUGUGUUUGUGGCGCCCUCGGGCGAGGAAAUCCACUCGUCGCGGUCCGUCGCAGGCGCCAAGCUGGAUGUCGAUGUGGACGCCAUCGAGCGGAGGAUGGAAGUGUCGGACAUGCUGGGCACGGUGCUCGACCAAGAAACCAUCCCCCACGAUGCCGUCGCGCCAGACGCCGAGGAGUUGGAGAAGAACCGGGCCGAGGUCCUGCUCUCGCGGGGCCUCGACCCUGCCAAAUACGCCAACCCCGCUGCUGUGCCGGAGGGUCUCGAGGAAGAUAUCGGUCUGUCUGAAGCGGAGAUUGCAGGCUUCAACCGGUUUGCUAGGGAAGCCCUGGGUGCUGCUGAAACCAUUGCGGCCGAAGAGGAAGCUGCCGCAAGAGCAGCAACAACACAACAACGCGCCCAACCAUCGCGACCAUACGACGCCAUCCGCGACGUCUUCACCGAGAGCCCCUCCGUGCCUGUUCGCCCACCUUCUCCUCCCACUGUUGCCGCCCAAACCGCUGCUGCUGUUCCUAUUCCUUCUUCUUCCGCUGCCUCUGCGCCUCUCCCUACUGCCCUAUCAUGCCUCGCAGAUGUCGCUCUGGAGCCGGUCUCGCCAGCCGUCCAGCAGCAACCCGUCGAAGCACCGCAGUACGAACAACCUCCGGCCGAGUAUCGCGCGUUUGAAUACUCGCAGCCUCAACAACCUCACCAACCUCUCCAUUCACAUCAAUCACAUCAAUCACAGCAGCAGCAGGCACAACAAUCACAUCACCCGCAACAGCAGCCGGUACAACAGACACAACAACAACAGGUACAGCCCCAGCAGCAACAACAGCCCCCAAGGACCAAUGACUUCCUUCGGACGGCCCUCAACGAGCAGCCCGCGCCGUCGCCUACAUCACACAUGCCCCCGGCCCAGGAGUACGGUGUGCCUCUGGCCCCGGCCCAAGCACCACCACCUCCUCCGCCGCAACAACAACAAGCACCCGCGAACCGGACGCCGUUCUCGAGCGCCGGCGCUGCUGGUGGUGCCCUGCCCGCCCUGCGACCCAUGCGAAGCCUCCUCAACGAGGCGCCGCCCUACUCGGAGCCAUCGCACCAUCAGAUGGUGCCUUCAAACGCCAGCUCCUACUAUCCGCCGGCGGCGAAUCGGCCGUACUACAACAGCUACUCGAUGCACGAGCAGGCACAGCCGAUGCAGCACAUUCCGGCCAUGCAGUCGCUGCAGCCGAUGCAGUCGACAACAAUGCAGCCGAUGAUGGCGCAGUCGCCAAUGAGCGGCGGCCAUAUACAACAACAAACGCCGCACCGCCAGAUGGGCACCCCGCCGGCCUACCAUCAACAACCGGUCGGUCAUGGUCCCGGCCCCUCGCACCCCGGUCAGGGCACCCUGCACUUCCAGCACCAGCAGGGACCGCCGCCGCCGCCGCUCGCCCCGGCUGGCAUGGCGACCAACCGAUCCCGGCCCGGCAGCUCGUCGGCUCCGACCGCCAACGCGGCCAACGCGGCAGCGGCUGCAUCCAAGUACCGGAAGCUGGAGCCGGCACCCACCCCACCGCACCGCACGCCGUACGGUGGCAACGGCCAAGAGCUGCGCACCGUGCAGUUCGACUACCGAGAGGCCAUCAAGGACUACUCGGCAGUCGAGGCGCCGCCGCGCCACGGCCCGACCCAGAUCCGCGGAUGGACGCACAACAACAUCCGCAAGCAGCCUUCUUCGCGCCCGACCCCGCCGCCUUCCAAGAUCGAGGCGCACCACCCCUCCGCCGGCACCGCCGCGGCGGGGGGUGUGCAUCCUUCUGAGGAACCCUCUGCCUAG